AUGCAGGUCUGCCAAAUACUCCAAGAUGUUCCUCCACCUGAGAGCAAUGGAUCAGAGUUUGUUUCCAUUCCUGCCCGUCAAGUUCGGGGGUCCCUGUCCGAUACCGCAAUGGACAGUGGUAACGUCGUCGUUGAUAUUUUCAUGGACGUCAUAAUGAAGGUCUCGAAGCGUUGGAAGCGAGGGGGCCCGCACAUUGUGAUAUUGACCUUUGGGUCAUAUAGCCUUGACACGGGAUACCCCACAGACCCCGUAUUUACGUCUAUGGACGCAAACCAGGCGGUUACCCUCAACAGUGCUUUCUGUGGAAAGGCAGAACCGUUGGCGCCAUUUCUUUUGCCCGAUCUUUCUCGUGCAACUCUGGUGGUGCACGGUACACGUCAACGACACUUGUGCGGAGGACCCAAAAGCGCCACGGAGUUCCAAUUUCAAAAUGUGAUUGGCUGGGGAAGCUCCGAGCAGCACCCCGAGCAUGAAGCAUGA